UGCUACACUAGAUUUCUAAUCUUAACUUCUAAAGUUGAGAAAUUGGUCGCCAUCUGCUAGCCUAUGAGAAGACCCAAUAGUAAGACGAUUUUUUCCAUUCGACAGGUCAACAUGAGAGGAAAGAAGGAAUUAUUCAUGCUGAACACAGGCCUCGUGUUGUUUAUAUUUGAUCUGGUCACAGACAUCGUUGUAGCUGCACAGUAUAGGCUUAAAGGCGAAUAUUGGUGGUUUGGUUUCACGUUAGUUUUUAUUAUCGUUCCUCUUUUCAUCAUCAGUUUUAUGGCUGCCUUUCAAGCAGACUUUUGUCAAACACUAAGCUGUUGUUUAAUGUUUUUGUGUUCUUCCAUAUUUGUGCGUUAUGUCGAAGAGUUCAAAUAUUGGAAGCAAACACAUUGGGAUAAUCCCCCUUGUGGAGACAACUAUAAGGAAUGCAAUUGUCCAGAUUGCGAAAAGUACCGCGUGGCGAUAACGGAAUCUAACAAGUCAGCAUACAAGCUCGCGUGGGUACGUUAUGUAGAGACACUUACAGAGUCUACUCCACAAUGGUGUCUACAGAUUUACAUCAUGUUACGUCAGUGGGAUUUUCCAUGGUUAACCAUGCUCUCAACCGUGAUUUCCCUGCUUUCUUUAGCAUGGAGUAUUACCGCUCUUGAGAAAGCGAGAGUAAAUAAAAAUAGCCACCAUAAUUUCACACUGGCAGCCACGGUUGUAUUUUUCACUUCUCAAUUGUUUAGUUUGCUAUCCAGACUUUUCGCAAUUGCAGCAUUCGCAUACGUCUUUAAGGCACAUGUGUUCACAGCACUGGCGGUUCAUUGGCUAAUGAUGAAUGUUGUCUUAUGGUUGGCAGACGGGUGUAAUGAACGCGGGUGUGAGUUGGCAGGAACGUUUUUGUCGUAUAGUAUGUUCACCUUUCUACUUAUGUUACACGUGCCAGAUUCGUUGACCGAAGGUGAUUACAGUGACUGGUUCACCAAACUGUGGUACAGUUUAAUAUCCGUAGAGAACGUUUUGUUCGCAAUCUUGGCGUUGACAAUACCAACAUCUGAUGUGAAACAUAUGAGUGUACUGAGACCAAUUGUGCUGUCGUUGGUUAUACUAGGCGUGGUCCUAGGUACCAUUUUUCUCAUCGUAUAUAACAAGCACCUCAAACCGACAGAAGAACGGAGAGAAGAACCAACAGAAGAACCAGUAGUUUAAUUAAGGCAAACUCAUGAAAAAUGGACAAGAAUUAGAAAGCACAUGUUAUACAGCCCACAUUGUGAAUAUUAUCAAGUGAAUGAAACACUUGGGACGAAAAACACUUGAUAAACUUUAUUAACUGUAUUAGGGUUUAAUACACAAUUACUGGUAAACUAGUAACUAAUUGUGUAUCAUAAGAAAUAAGUAUUGCUAUGAACAUAAGAAAUAAAUAAUAAAAUGCUAUGAGAAUUAACAAUGCGGUGCUAUUAUCGCAAACAAUAACAAUAUAUAUGAAAAAGUACUCAUUUCUGAUCGAUUAAGAGUCCUGCAAUUUUACUGAAAAACAGUGUCACGUAGCCUAGCGCGUGACUUGCAAGCAAAUCACUAAGAAUGACAGUUGAAAACUUGUAUGAAAUUGUUGUGUCAUUCCAAUGAAUGAGUAAAUCAUUUAUAUCUCAUGUGGUUCAUGCAUGCACGUGACCACAAUUUGUUUCGGCAUAAUUUAUUCAGGUAUAUUAUGAAUAAUUAUAGUGUGGUUUCUCGUGAAAUUUGGGAAAAUAUACUACACUUGUAAGUUUUUCAAAGGCUGCUGUCGUUCUUCGUCGGGACUUCGUCGACAAUUUUGGUCGUUUUUGACAAGUUUUCUUUCAAAUUAACGAUUUUUUUACAUUAUAUAUUGAAUUGUAGAUCGCAUUCAGUUAACGUAAUUCAAACUAUAGCUGUCAAAUUAACUAUAUACAGUAUAACAGCCUAUAACAAAUACAUAAUUCUGGAG